CCACCACUAUUGCUGAAGCAUGGGCGACGCUUGCUGAUACAUUCGCCAAAGCCAGUCGCAUCCAUUUUAAACAAAUCAAAGACCAGAUCAAGAUCUGGACGAAAGGUAACAAAUCUAUUGAUGAAUAUGUAUGUGGUUUAACUGUCCGCUUUGAUGAGCUUGCUAUACUUGGAAAGCCGAUUGAUCAUGAGGAUCAAAUUGAGAAGAUUCUUGCUGGUCUUCUUGAUGAUUACAAGUCGGUGGUUGAUCAGAUCGAAAGCAAAGAUUCCCCACCCACCAUCACCGAAGUUCAUGAACGUCUCUGCAAUCGUGAAGUAACACUUUGCGCUGCUGCCACCUCUACUCCAUUUCCGACCUCUGCUAAUGUUGCUCAGUACAACCGUCGAGGUGACUAUAACAACAACAAUACCUACAACUCUCGCACCAGCACUCGUUCAUCGCCAUCAUUGUCCCGCUUCAACAACAACAACUGGCAAGGCAAUGGCAACAAAAACAAUUCCACCCGCUCAUUCCGGCCAUAUCUCGGCAAGUGUCAGAUCUGA